CACCAAUAUUCUUCACAGCUAUAUCCUCAAGCUUGUCAUUUUCCCUGUGCACCGGCUAUUGCCCCAGAAACACCAUAUCCUCAUUAACAGCUAAUCUUACCAAACAAUCCAUAGCUGACUAUCUGCACCGAGUCACCUCCAUAACUCGUCACCCAAUAUGCCCGAGUCAAACAACCAUAACUCACCUUCCCCUUCAACUCAAGCUAGUAGAAGAUCAUCAUCAUCUUCAUCAUGGCCUUUGAACUUUCUCCUCUUGUCAAUACUGGUUCCGGUGGCGGCAGCUCUGGUAAUCCUCUACCAGCUCGACCCGUUCGACCCGGCUCCUCUGCCUCUUCACGAGUUGAGCCACCGAGUCGCUGCUGCCCCAGCGCAUAAUGCUCACAUGCUCAAAGGGUCGGAGUUUAUAGGUGCUGGGGCUUUAGUGGCGCCGGAAGACGUUGCUUAUGAUUCAAAGUCGGGACUCAUUUACACGGGCUGCGCGGACGGGUGGGUGAAACGAGUCACGUUGAACGAGUCGGCUGCUGACUCGGUGGUUGAGAACUGGGCUAACACCGGCGGGAGACCACUCGGACUCGCUCACGGUCAUAAAGGUCAGCUUUUGGUGGCGGACACAGAAAAGGGAUUACUGAGUAUAAGUGAGGAUGGAGAAGUGGAGCUGUUGACUGAUGAGGCUGAGGGUGUGAAAUUCAAGCUAACAGAUGCUGUGGAUGUAGCAAAAGAUGGCAUGAUUUACUUCACAGAUGCUUCAUAUAAGUACAGCUUCAAAGACUUCAUCUGGGACGUUUUGGAGGGCAAACCGCAUGGAAGAUUACUCAGCUACGAUCCAACUACCAAAGAGACCAAAGUGCUAGUCCCCGACCUCUACUUUGGUAAUGGAGUUGCAGUCUCUCCGGAUCAGAAUUUUGUGAUCUUCUGUGAAACUGUCAUGAGAAGAUGUAAAAAGUACUACCUGCAAGGCGAGAAGAAAGGAAACGUAGAGAACUUCAUUGACAACUUGCCGGGCACCCCUGAUAAUAUUCGAUAUGAUGGGGAAGGCCAUUAUUGGAUUGCAUUUUCUACGGAGAUUACAGAUUCUUGGAAUCUAGCACUUAGGUUCCCUUUUAUUCGAAAAUGGCUGGCAAUCAUGGAGAAGUAUACAGCAGGAAGACCCCAUAUGGAGAAAAAUUCUGGUGUAAUGGCUGUUAAUUUGGAAGGGGAACCUAUUGCCCACUAUUUUGAUCCAGGGUUAUCACUCAUUUCAAGUGGGAUCAAGAUUGGAAAUUACCUAUACUGCGGUUCAAUUAUCUAUCCAUACAUUAUCCGCCUCGAUCUGGAACGGCAUCCUGCACACGCCACUACAUGAGCUUCAAGCACCCAAAAAAACCAUCCUUAAUGCAUCUUCCAUUGAUGUGUAACUUCAACAUAAAUGGAGUAGUAGCUUAUUUAGUUGUACUUUGUUCAUAGCUACAAAUUACCUCAAGAAGACUAUGUGUAUAUAUAUAUAUAUAUAUAUAUAUAUAUAGCUCUCUCAAGAGAGGCUGCCCAAGACCUUCGCUUUUUCUCUGAGAAUGAAUUAUUUUGUAUCUUCCCUGCUGAA